UGUCUCUUCACAGUGAUUCGAUUCGAAAAUGUUGUUUAUAUAUUUAAAGCUUGUUUGCCUGUUGUGAAAAUGUAGGAUAUUAAAUCAAGUAAAAAAAACAAUCAAAUAUUAGAUUUACGAUUCGAUUAUUCUCUCCUUGGACCUUGUUUUUAUUUGGAAUAUAAUCUCGAGGUUAUAUUCCUUUUGUGUUUUCGUCAAUCUGCGAUUUCAGAAGAACGGGAAUCUCUGCUCAACAAAGACUAAUGCAUCCGUUUGCUCUGGUUGAGUUUAAUCCGUUAUGUGUGUAUAUGAAAACAUACAUAUGUCAUGUGGUUAUGCCGUAGAAAUGCAGAUUCAAGCUGAACUUUUUACAUUUGCGUAAAAGAUUUGUAGGCGUAUGGAUGCUGUAAAGUUGAAUCCAGCAGAUGAGUGAUCUCCUUUCUUGAUUUGUUAUAGACUUACUGAAGUAUUGGCUUUAAUGAUACAAUAAUCUCCCUGUUGCCAAUAUGCCACUUUGCCAUUUACUAUAUCUGAGUGUGUGCCUGUUGUCUGUUAUUUGUGCUGAACUUGCUUUACUCUUACAAUAUUGAUAAAGAAGCAGUACUUGUAACCUUCUCCCCAUCAAAUGAAAUCUCAUUUCUUUUGUGCUUAGCCUUUUCUUUCAUUCGUAUUUAUAAUUUCCGUGAUUUUCUUUUUACCAAAAAAUUACAAUUUAUAUCAGCUAUGUUUGUGUGGCGAAUGAAAACAACGUUCAAAAAUCCUCUUUCUAUAAUGAAGGCUUUGGUCGAGCAUAUAGGAAGACAGUUGCUAUCAUGAAUACCUGCUUGGGCCGGGCACUAACCAAAAUUGCCAUGGGGAUAGAAGUUGCAGAUAUUUGUAUGGACAAGGAGCCAGAUUGUGUCAUAGUUUAUGCAAAUGGUGUUUCCCAUGAUUCAGAUCAUGAACCUGAUCCCAAUCAUCAUAAUGGGCAAGAGUCAUAUGAGCCUAUUAACGAGGGUCCUGAAAUCCAAAGUACAGAAGAGAGUACCGAAGCAAAGGAAUAUGAUGUGAAGGAAUGUACUACUGAAAACUCAGUAGAGGUAUCUGAAUUCUGUCAUAAUGAGAAAUAUAAGGAAGAGCAGAAUGUACUAAACUCACAUGUUAAAGCUGGUCUGCGUGUGGAAAGUAUAAAAUCAGAAACCCAGAAGAAAAAGGACAAUAAUAAGUCACACAUUUCUGUCAAGCAAGCAUCCAGAUCUGUUGCUGCAAAUGCUCGAACAAAACACACUGUUCCACAGCCAUUUUGCCUAGCAACUGAAAAGCGUGCCUCAUAUGGACUUUCUCCUGGUGGUGCACAACCUGAUUUUGGCACCCGUCUGAAUAAAUUGUCUAAUGCAAACAAUGUGAGACAUCCAAAUAUCAUAAAGCCCAAUCAGCAAAUAUCAGAACUGGUACCGAGGAAGCCACUGCAACCUGAUAACAAGAAGCAUCCUGAUGAAGAAGAUUCUUGUUCUAUUGCUUCCUCUGCAAGAUCUGCAAGGGCAAUUAAGUCCAAGCCUACUGUUGCAUCAGCUCCAAUAUUUAGAUGCAUGGAGCGUGCUGAGAAGCGGAAGGAGUUUUAUUCAAAAAUUAGAGGAAAACACCAAGCAUUGGAAGCUGAGAAAAACCAAAGUGAAGCGAGGACAAAGGAAGAGAAAGAUGCAGCUAUUAAACAACUGAGGAAGAGCUUAAUGUUCAAGGCAAACCCAAUGCCAAGCUUCUACCUUGAGGGACCUCCACCUAAGGCUGAACUUAAGAAGCUGCCACCAACUCGUGCAAAAUCACCAAAGCUUGGCCGAAGGAAGAGCUGCAGUAAUGCAGUCAGUUCAUCCCUGGAACACAAAGUGAAAGGAGCUUGUGCUUGGGAAAAUCGUCGGAGCCUUGGUAUUUACAAAGAAGAGACCACCACCAAUGGCCCCAAUAAUUUUAGGAAUCGGAGCAACUUCCAGAAUGGUAAUGCCACGUGGAAAUUCAAUGAUGAACCGAAAGAAACAGAAGAUAUAAGCGAAUCAAAUGCGACCAAGGUAAAUGGUCAGGGGGAUGUGCACUACGAUGUCCAUUCUUGAGUUUCUGGUGAGUUUUCUAAUUUAAAAAGGGAAAUGGGCCUUCAUUUUCUCUAGUUUUAUUGUGACUGCUUAAACAAUUAAGUUAUUUCCUUAAACUUGCAAGGACUCGUUGCAGUGUUUUAUUUAAUGUAUGAUGUGUAAAUUCUAAGUUAUAUUUAUAUAAAAAUGGACUUUUUUUUGUGGGCUGUAAAA